AUUUUUGUAAAGAAGAUCAAGGUUGACGUUGAGACAGGAGAGAAUUCAUCUUGUCGGAAUCUCCUUCCACCUUCGCUUCUGUGUUUACUUAUGUGUUCUUGUCAUGCUUCUCUCGGGCGGAAGUUGAAGUUCGUCGCACCAAGUAGAGCACAAAGCCAUGAAAUGGCGGUAGUUGUAGUAGUUUGAAAAUUCAUCUUCGGUCUUCUCGGGAAAGAAACUCAGAUUCGGUGCUCAAGGAAUUAUCCGUCUUCCCCACGCGGCGGCAGCCCGCCGCACCGCUUUGACUGCCCAAGAUGGCCACCCCGCCGAGUCGUCGUUCCGUGCUCUUCACGGCCGGCGCAGUACUUUCCGCGUAUCAUCUGCAGAGUAAUGGAGUUGUGUCCGCGUUCGAGCAAGGCGCCGUUGAGGACCCGGUUUCCGUUUUGAACAGUCUAGAUCGCCAGAUCUUCCCCCCAACCGACCAAGAAGACCAGUCAGCGCCGCUGUCGGAAGAUGCUGGUGCUGACGGUGACAGCUCGCAACGAGUUUCUGAAGAACCUGUGUUGGCUUUAACCGGGACGGCCAACGCCAAGAGCGGGAGCAGCCACAACCAGGUGAUCGCGUUUCUGGAAGAGAAAAAGAACGGGUUCCGUCUGCAGUGCCCCCCGGGCCAGCCCUGCAACUGCAACUGUCACUGCAACAAGGCCGCGUCCGCGCCCCCCGCGGCCGGGGCGGCGGCUGCUGCGGCCGCUGCGCCUCCGGCCCCACCACCGCCACCGCCGGUUGUGGUAUAA